AUUCAUACAUUACACACAGCUUUUUUAUUUUAUUUUUGGACUGGUUUGCGCAUGCGAAGAGGCAAGCUGAGGCCACUUUCUUAAACAGAUGACAACGCUCUCAAUGCGCACAGCAGGAUAUGCGCGUUUUUACAUAAACAAGACAUCUGAACCUGGUAACACAGAUUUCUUGUUUUUUUUCCCUACACGACUCUCCUGCUACCACGUUUCACGCAACAGGCUGCAACACCGAUGUAAAGUCUUCCCUGAGGAACAGUCGCCUACCACCUGUAACUGUGCCUAUCUGCUCCCGACUUUCACGCCGACAGCAAGGAUGAAGAAGCAAAACGUCCGGACCCUGUCGCUCAUCCUCUGCAUGUUCUCCUACUUGCUGGUGGGCGCCGCGGUGUUUGACACGCUGGAGUCCGAGUCGGAGAACUCCCGCAGACGCGUCUUGGAGCAGAAGCGCAACGAAAUGAAGAAGAAGUAUCGCUUCUCCGAGGACGACUACCGCGAAAUCGAACGAGUGGUGCUGCAAGCUGAGCCCCAUCGCGCCGGGAGACAGUGGAAAUUUGCUGGCUCUUUUUACUUUGCCAUAACAGUCAUCACCACCAUUGGUUAUGGACAUGCAGCACCAGGCACAGACGCAGGAAAGGUUUUCUGCAUGUUCUACGCUGUACUGGGAAUUCCUCUCACUUUGGUCAUGUUCCAGAGUCUCGGAGAAAGGAUGAACACGUUUGUCCGCUAUCUCCUACAUAAGAUGAAGCAGUGCCUAGGAUGUCGAUGCACUGAGGUGUCUAUGGAGAACAUGGUCCUGGUGGGCUUCCUGUCCUGCAUUGGAACACUGUGUGUUGGGGCUGCAGCCUUCUCCCACUUUGAGGGAUGGAGCUUCUUCCACGCUUACUACUACUGCUUCAUCACACUCACCACUAUUGGCUUUGGGGACUUUGUGGCCCUACAGAAAAAGGAGGACCUCCAGGAGAAAACGCCCUAUGUGGCGUUCAGCUUCAUGUACAUCCUGGUCGGGCUAACUGUUAUUGGGGCCUUCCUGAACUUGGUGGUGCUUCGCUUCCUCACCAUGAACACUGAGGAUGAGCGGAGAGAUGCUCAAGAGAGGGCGUCGCUGAAGAGGGACAGAGGCCUGCUGGAUGGGUCUCUGGGUCUCCAUGUUGUAGGGGAACAGAGCAGAGGCAGCCACAGAGAGAGAAACAGGAGCAAUGCGGUGCACAGUCGUAGCCACAGUACACUCUUGCUCCCGAUGGAGGAAGGAACCAGCCGCACCAAUCUCAUUGCUUCCCCAGCGGAGGAUCAGCUGAGACAAAGAAGCCCCUGCAGACACAGGCUGCCUUUUCAGAUCAAGGCAGGCAGACGCAGGCCAGAAUCGAGCCUCAGCUCCCUCUGCUCAUGUGUCUGCUACCGUUUGGGGAUUUGUGAAAGUCCUCUUAUGUCUCGCAGUGAACAGCAUGGCUGCCAUGUCAAUUCUGUUUACUACAACUCAGUCUCUUAUAGGAUCCAGGGCUGCUCGCCAGGUUCCAGGGACAACACUGGACUGUCUUCCCCAGGAAGCACGCUCUCACCUGGGAACAGCUUCCGUGAAUUCCCUCGUUCAAGGAGAAAGUCGGUCUAAAGAGCACUUUAGUGAAAGAGAGUGUUUGCACAGACUGUACACAGUAUUUUCAAUGACACAUGUAUUUUGUGUUAAACCUUGUGCAUGUCAGAAGACACUGUUUCUGUCAAACGAAUAAGUUGUCUGUUGUGCCUAUUUAAGAUUUGAAUUUAAGUUAAGUAAGGAUGAUAUUUCUUAUCCUCUUUUACCAUGACAUUAUUUAUGUUAGUGAUUCUGCUGUGUUCCUUGCAUGUAAGCGAAAGUGCAAUGCAUGCUAAAGAGAAUGUAUAGCACACAAUGUGAAAGUAUGAGUGCUAUGUACAGAUGUAAACAGUUGGGCUUUUAAUUUACAAUUUUUACAGUAUUUUGGAUAUAGUGCUGAGAAGCCACAUGAGAUAUGUGGCUUCUUAGCUCUGUGGAUUUAAUACAUCCUUUUAUUACUUAUCAUUGGGGGGGGGGGCAGAAUAAAUAAAACUUUUCUGUGUAUUGAUCAGCAUUAAUGCACUGUAAUAGAAAGAGAUUAUAAUUGUUACAUGACCGAUUCUAAUGUAAUGGAUGUAGCACACAACAGAUAUGUAGCAGGUUACAAAUAAACCUACCCCAAAUCCUGGAAAAAUUGUCACUUUCCAGCUGGGGAGGUGUUGUUUCCAUGUAUACUAAGUUUGUAGUCAGAUUUGAUGUGAGACUCUUACAGUAUGUUUUAUUAAACUGAAGGAAAGGACCAUUUAAUGUGUAAGGGUUUUUAUUUCAAUCAAAGUUUGUGUUUUUAUCAACUGGAACCCCUUUAGAUUUGGUGGGAAAAUAGGAGUAAUACAGUGGUACAGAGAAAUAAGGGUACCAGUUAGACUACUUUUGGUGAUAUUAUA